CAGAAAGUGAAAGAGAUCACGUCUCAAACAUGCUAUUAUGCUGACACAUUCUGGUCAUCCACAUAUCUAUCAAAACGAUAAAGAAGACUUUAAAACACAGAGAGUCCGCAGUAGCCUAUAGGCCUACUAUCACUUUCAUAUAGGCUACUGUAGCAUCCGUCUUAAAACAUUUAAGCUGAAGUUGAAAUUUUGGUUGGUUAUUUGAACGAUGCUGAACACAACGCGGCCUUGUGUUCCACCAAAGAGUGGCUUUUCCUUUGAGAAUACACGCCGAAAUGCUGUGUUGGAACAGAACUUGGCUGAGCAGGGCUUCAGCGCUCCAAAGGCACGAAAAACAGGUACCACCAUUGCAGGACUCGUUUUCAAGGAUGGGGUAAUCCUGGGAGCAGACACAAGAGCAACAGAUGAUAUGGUCGUGGCUGAUAAGAACUGUAUGAAGAUACACUACAUUGCUGAGAAGAUUUACUGCUGUGGGGCUGGAGUAGCAGCGGAUGCAGAUAUCACCACGCAGAUGAUGUCAUCCAAUGUGGAGCUUCAUACUCUGACCACAGGACGUCCUCCCAUGGUUGCCAUGGUGACUCGGCAACUCAAACAGAUGCUGUUCAGGUAUCAGGGUCAGAUUGGUUCCUCGCUGAUUGUUGGAGGUGUGGACGUUACAGGUGCUCACCUCUACAGUGUCUACCCACAUGGAUCAUAUGACAAGCUGCCCUUCCUUACCAUGGGCUCAGGAGCUGCCGCGGCCGUCUCCGUGUUUGAGGAUCGCUACAAGGCAAACUUGGAGCUGGAAGAGGCGAAGACUCUGGUGAGGGACGCCAUAGCAGCGGGGAUCUUCUGUGACCUGGGCUCUGGCAGUAACGUGGACCUGUGUGUGAUAACAGAAAAAGGAGUGCAGUACCUGCGCGGGUUUGAUCAGCCAACGCAGAAGGGGAAGAGGGAAGGUAAUUACAGAUACAAGCCUGGGACUACAGCUGUUCUGUCCAAAACUGUGACUCCAAUCCCACUCGAUGUUGUUGAUGAGGCAGUCCAGUUGAUGGAGACUCAGUGAAGCAUGCAAUGAGCUUUACAUACAGGAAAAAAUACAAAUAACCAGUAAUGCCAAGAUAUUCAUUUGUGGACAUUUGACAUCACAAUUCAUUUUGAAAUAAAGUUAUGCCAUUUCA